UCCGUCCUGCAUUGUCUCGUGCUUGGUGCUGGUGUUGGGGUCUGCGGCUUCUGGGAAGUGAUACGCAAUCGAGGCGGCUGCAUGUGAUACACAGCGGCAUCGUAGGACCGCGGCUCAGUUGUUGAGUGUGAUCGCCCGGUGUUGGACGCAUUUUUUCGAUCAUGAACCCUAAUCGCCGCUUUGUAGCUGUGCUGGUGUUGGUCAGCUGCGCCGCUUUCGCCCUGGGACAGGCACCUCCCGACGACGACGACUUUAUGUUCGAGCCGGAAGGCUCGGGCUAUGGGCUGGCCGGCCACUUCGGCCUCCACAACGUCACGGCGGCGCCCGCCACCAGCCGCGCCGCCGCGCCCGACCACCACGAGGCGUCCGGCAGCGGACUGUACGCCGACGACGAGGACGAGGACGCCUACGGCGCCUACGAGGACUACGACUACCAUCUCGACGACGAUUACUAUGACGGCGAGGAGAGCAGCCGCGACCUCUUCGACACAGUCCUAGGCUCGGAUGGUGACUCGUCCAAGCAUCCGGACCACGUGCACGAGGACCCGGUGCACCACGAGGACCGGGUGCACAAUGUUGGUGUGGUGCACGCGCUGCCGCCGGCCGCGCGGCCCACGGAGGAGACGGUGCCUCGCCGCAAGCAGGAGCCCGUUUUCGGCUCGGAGGUGCGGCCGCCGGCGCAGACGCCGGCGCCGGACGACACGUUCCUCGACUACAUGGAGGAGCACGACAACGGCAUCACCAUCCCGCCGGACGUCACGCUGACGGCCUACGUCGACAACGCCAUCGAGGACGAUACCGUGCACGGCCGGCCGGCGUCUGGCAGCCUGGACGGCAUGGGCGCCAAGGCUGUGGACCGGCACACCUCCUUCUUCGCGCAGCCCGGCAUCCUGGCAGGUGAGCGGCUGCGGGACCGGGUGGGAGCCGCCGUUCGGGGCGGCGGCCCGUUCUGUCGGCGUGCCGGCCCGGUGGCUCUCCGUGGACGUGCGCCGAGUGGUGCGUGGGGCUCGCUCUUGUGCGGUGUGUACAAGGUUGAACGCACGUGGCUGGUUUUGAGUGACGUGCGCCGUUUUUGUUGUUUUAUUUGGUCC